GCUGCAACCAAGUGCACAACGAAAAAAAGCAGUAUGGGCGCUCGUGGAUCGACGACGCACUGCUGCUGGUCGGCAGGCGCCGUUGCGCUAGCGAGCCCACUUGUCGACUGCAAGGACACCUUAGACGAGCAGCCCGUCACUCCGGCAUUCGAGCUGCCUGUCAUUGUCGCGUCCGAGCUCACGGUGCUCGGUACGAUUGGCAAUAGAGGUCGUGGGCGCGUCGCACGCGCCGACUUUCGCGGCCGCGCCGUCGCCGUGCGCUUCCUGAACGAAAAGCUGACGGACUCGUUUUGUCGCUACGCACUCCGGGUGCACCGACUCGAGUCGAGCAACAUUGUCGCGCUCGUCGGUGUUAUGGACCCACGCUCGUACACGCCAUCGCUCGUGACAGAGUUUAUGGACGGCGGCACAGUCGAGCAGCUUGUCGAGCGAAAGCACCGUGCGGACGAGGAGCGUAAAGCGCUGGACCCGUCACUCCUGGACGUUGCCAUCGCUGUCGCCGACGGGCUCACGGCGCUCCAUGGCAUCAACUUGGUCUACGAGCACUUCCAACCACGAAACGUGCUCCUCAACAGCAAGGGCGCCAUCAAGCUAUCGGACGUGACGUCGGCGUUGGAUUUCACGUGCGAAAUGACCAUGUGCACCAACAGAAGCGAGUCGUACUACUGGGCGCCCGAGAUCUUGAUGCACGAGAUCGACGUACCGACCAUUGCUGCCAACAUCUACUCGCUGGGCAUUCUCCUGGUUGAGCUCUCGACACUGGAGACACCGUACAUCGAAGCGUACCACAAAGGGCUUUCGCACAUCAAAAUUCUACUGGCCAUCGAAGAGUGCCAUUUAACGCCAGCCCUGCGGGACGACUGCCCCGAUUGGUACCGUGAGCUCGUGGCUUUAUGCUUGUUAUCCGACCCAACGCAGCGGCCGACAGCUCGAGACGUCGCUCGUGCGCUUCGAGAGGGUUCCGCUAAGCCAUGCGCGUAACCAGUUGUCAGAUCCACCACUGUUUUCAUAAGUUGAGAAGGUUUUCCACAGUCUAUGACUGUUUCAUUCGUCG